CUUCUCUAUUUCAUUCAAGAAGAUUGAGAGUGCUUUCAUUACUGCAGAGGAAUGGCUCGUACGAAGCAGACCGCUCGUAAAUCCACCGGCGGGAAAGCGCCGCGUAAACAGCUGGCCACUAAAGCAGCCCGCAAAAGCGCGCCCGCCACCGGUGGCGUGAAGAAGCCGCAUCGCUACCGCCCGGGCACCGUGGCUUUGCGAGAGAUCCGGCGCUACCAGAAAUCCACCGAGCUGCUGAUCCGCAAGCUGCCUUUCCAGCGCUUGGUGCGGGAGAUCGCGCAGGACUUCAAGACCGACCUGCGCUUCCAGAGCUCGGCUGUCAUGGCUCUGCAGGAGGCCAGCGAGGCUUACCUGGUGGGUCUCUUUGAAGACACAAACCUGUGCGCCAUCCACGCCAAGCGAGUCACCAUCAUGCCCAAAGACAUCCAGCUCGCCAGGCGCAUCCGCGGAGAGCGGGCUUAAGUUCCCCGGCAUCUCGCAUUCCGAACGACCCAAAGGCUCUUUUAAGAGCCACCA